GCACGCACGCAUGCACGUUCGCACGCGCUGGGGCUGUCCUGGAGACUUGUUCCGUCUCCCGGUGUGGGUAACCCGGAAGACGCUUUGUAGUCCUUAAACUUUCGAGAGAAAACGCGGCGGGCUCGUUCGAGGCUUGAAUCCGGGACCUCUCGCACCCGAGGAGAGAAUCAUACCCCUAGAUGAACGAGCCGCCCGCCGGGCCUGCCGGCCCGCGCCCCGUGGGCGGAGGAACGCGCCGGAAUGGGGGUGGGGCUGGCGCGCUGCGCGCUGGCGAGCUCGCGGUCGCACCCGCACCCGUCUGCGGGCUGGGUCGCCCUGCGAGACGACUCACCCGUGGGUAGGUCCCAUUCAUCUUCUGCAGGCCAGAAGGAAUUGGACCGAUCAUCGUGCCAUUCCACGCAAGCGGUUACGGUUCCGCCGUGUUCCUCCCGCCUCGUCUCUUCCUGGGGAAAGUGGGUGCUGUUACUGCGCGAGUCCUCUGCGCCUUUGCGCUAACCAGGGGUAUCUGGGGAUACCCGAAGUUCUUCUGGAGGAAUCGCCCCAUCUCAGCUAAGGGCCAGGGUGAGGAUUUCGUAACGUUAUCUUUUCAGGGGCACAAAGCUAGCAGUAUCGCAGAUCUCGGGAGGUUACUGAAAGCGCUGCCUAAGCUGAAAAGAUGUGUCCUUGGGAACACAUCUAAACCAGUUUAAGCCCUUGGUAAAAUGUGUAGAUUGAGCUAACGCGUAUUUUCAGUUUCAUUUUGGUGUACGGAAUUUGAUGCAGUUUUUUUUGAAAAGUGUCCCUUAUUCAGUUUAAUCUUCUAGUUUAUCAGUGACUAUUUAUAGGGUGUCUGUUACCAGAAAUGGAUCUUUUUGUAGCUACAGUAAAAAUAGUAAUUUUUCUUGAACAAGAGAGAAGGAAACUCAGUCCUUUGUGAAAAGCAGACUAGAUUUAAAGCAGUGUUGAUUUGAAUUUUGACAUGAAUUUACUGCCUGGGUUUCACAUGAUUAUAAAGUUACUGGGCUUUCCUGAAUAUGUCUGCUUCUGCCCACUUGCUAGAAUCAUAAAUCUUUCUGUUGGAAGCGAACGGCCCACUGUGUACAUUGAAACUUUGAGAAAUCUCGAUCGGUUCCUCUUAAAUGGGGGUUGGGGUGGGGUGAGUAGGAGUGGAAAUAAUUCCUCACUGCCCUCAAACUCGGUGAUGCCUGUGGUCCCGCCUCAGCUUUCCUCUCUCAUGAAAAUCUGUUCUCUUUGCCAAACUAGGUUGGCGUGGCUAAGAAGUACUCAGCCUGAACCCCAAGGCCUGGCAAAGGGUCAGGCCCUUGAUACACAACCUGGAGCAUUUCUGCUCUUCCGGAAAUCAACUGGUUUCCUAAUUUGGGGACUGAACUUAGUGGUUUUGAGGUUGCGCUCUUCCCCAGUCCCAUUUCCUUAAUCCUGUGUUACCUUCAUAUUCAUAAGAGAAACCUUGUAAGGAUUAUCAGCUACAAGGAAUGAUCAUCUGUAAGGAAUUGAGAGACUGCUGCUGAUACUGGAUCGACUUCUAGAGUCUGUUUUAACUGUCAGAGGAUCAAAGGAUUCUGUGUUGAGUUUUAGCAAAAUAUAAGGAUUUCCGUUGUGAAGCAGAUAUGGUAGUAAUCUAAUUUUGGGGUGCAAUCCUCUUACUUAGGGUACCUAAUAUUUCUUAUGUAUUAGUACGUAUUUGCAGUCCAUGACACAUCGUAGUUCAUUUUUACACCCUCUGCCCCUCCUUCUCCCUCCCAUCUAUCCAUCUCCUUCCUGCUUGGGAAAGAUCAGUCUCCCUACGUCCUAUUAUCUGUCUUUUAUUUUUCUUUUUAUUUAUAAUUUGGGUUUUUCAUAAAUAGAAACUCUGUAAUGUUUGUUUGUGUGUGAUUUAUCUCACUUAACAGGACGGUCUCAAGGUGCAUCCAUUUCUAAAGAAUCACUCAGGUGUACUCCAUCCAAUAUAGGUAAAUACUUGCUUCAUCCAUUUAUCUGUUCAUGAACGUUUAGGCUGCUUCCAAGGUGUGGCUGUGAGCACUUGUGCUGCUGUAAACAUGGGUCUGCAGGUGUUACCAUAAUGUGAUGACUUCCACACUUUUGGCAAGGUACCUAGUAUUUCUUAAUUGGAUGUUUUUAUUGUGUAUGUCUCAGGUCCACAGCAUGAUGUUUUAAUGUCUUAGGAGUGGUUACUGCAGUCAGGCAGUUUAACAUUGAUCGUCUCAUAUGGUUACUGUGUUUUAAACGUGUGUUAAAAGCAACUAAAAUCUACUCUUUGCAAAUUUUCAGCAAACAGCACAAUAUUACAGUUACUAUAUUUUGUGCUUCACAUUGGGUCUGUGACUUAAUCAUCUUACAUAGCUACAGCUUUUUACCUGUAAGUGGAUGUCUCUGUUCUCUGUGUCUUACGGUUGUGACCAUUGCUACUAUAAUCAGGGGAGCAUUGAUGCCUCCACCUGUGGAUUUCAUUGCCCAUGGAUUUGUGUCCGGCAGGGCAAUUUCUGGGUCAUGUAGUAGUUCUAUUUGAAAACCUUUGAGUAACUUUGCUACUGUGUUUCCUAAUGGCUGUACUCAUGUCCCUGCUGCCCAUGGCCAAGGGUUCUGUUCACACCCCCACCAACUCAGGUGCUCUUCAUCUUUCUGAUGCUAGCCUAGCCAUUCUCAGGGGUGUGCCAUGUCUCACUGUGGCUUUUUCAUUUUGUGUUUGAUUAGUGAUGUUCAAUGUUUUCCAUGUAUCUGUUGAUCAUUUUAUGUCUUCUUUUGAAAAACCUUCAUUCAGAUGUUUUACCUAAUUUUUAAUCAGGUUAUUUUAUUUCUAUGCUGUUGAAUUUCUUAUACAGUUUGGUUUUUAACCCUUUAGAAGAUGUAUGGUUUAAAAGUGCUGUUCUUUUAAUUCUCAAGUUGCCUUUUCAUUUUCUUUUUAUUAUAUUUAUUUAAUACUGACAAAUAUGUACAUAUUUACAUGCAUGUAUGGCUACAUCAGACUGAUACAUGUAUGCAUUACCUCAGUUUUCAUUUUUUCUGUCAUAAAGGCAUGUAGAAUUUAUGCUCUUAGGUUUGUGUUUUUCAUCAUAUUUGGGAAACCAGCCAUUAUGUCUUCAAAUAUUAAGUAAAAGUUGAGAGAAGAAAUGAUGCAGAAUACAUCUUACUAUUUUGAUUUUAUUGGUUACAGACGUAUCCAUACAUCAGAAAUGAAAGACAGUUGUUAUUACUUACCCACCUCAGUGUUUUGUAGAAUGAAAUGUGUACACUUUCUCCUCCCUGUCUGUCUCUCCUUUCAGGUCUGGAGCAGUUUUAAUCACAUACUUCUUUACAGUUAUUUUCUGCUUAAGAUUCUGGAUUGAAUUUACAUUUUCUCAACUUGAUUCUGACUCUUCACUGGGAAGCUCAGAAGAGCCCCUUUCUUUUUUUUUUUUUUUUAAAGCCUACAGCACCCGGUGUUCCCAGGUAGUCUCCCAUCCAAGUACUAAUCAGGCCCGACCCUGCUUAGCUUCCGAGAUCAGACGAGAUCGGGCGCGUUCAGGGUGGUAUGGCCGUAGACAAGAGCCCCUUUCUUAGAAACCCAAACUCCAGAGCACUCUUAACAGUUCUGUGCCACUAAUCACUGAACAUAUCCUGACUCACCGAGACACUGCCUGUUCUUAAGCUCAGUGGUGUCUUCUUUGUGGUUCAGGGUCAAGUGUUGUCCUUUACUUUAUGGGAGACCGUUACGUCCAUUCUUAGGAGUCAGUUCCUGAAACCCCCGCCAGGAAUGUCCACCUAGUCUUGCUCUUUAUGCUCGGUACUGGAAAAGGUGGUCACAGGGAUGAUGUGACCCUAAGACACAAUACACCGUUCACCUUCAUGUAAGCCACAGUUAUAGAGAAAGAGAAGCUCCAACACACAUCGUGAUACACAGAUAACUUCAAAGUCUGUGGAAGACAAGAGGACCCCAGGGAGUCUGCAGCCAGCCUGGACUGCAGAGUGAGAUUCAGUCUCACCCCCACCCCCACCAAGAAAAGAAGCUGUGUGAACAGUACAAUCCAAGUGGAAAUGAGUGCUUAAUUAUUGUUUAGCAGAAGAACAAAAGCCCAAAUAUUUACAGAAACCGUAACAGAGAUGUGGUAGCAGAUGCUUAAGGAAGAGGUAGAGGUCUGUCUGUCACUGCUCUAAGAGUUUUUACUGUGAGUGAGUUGUAUUAGUAAGCUGUCCUGUCACAGAGAUACAUCCCCAUACCUAUUGGUGAGUGUUGAAGCCGAGCACACCUGCAGGCUGUGGCGUGGCUGGGACAUGGCUGGACUGAGAACGAGGAGACACCUUGGGGUAAGACAGGCCACAGCUGAGGCCACCUGGAGACUUUCUGGGUGGUUUCCCUUAAUUAGCAUUGUCUGUUGCUCUGAGGGGCCCUUGAACCCAGCCCAAGAUCCUGCUCAGGUUUCCUCCACUAUCCAUUCAAAUCCUUAUGGGCUGCCAGUGUCAGGCGGCCGGCUAGCAGAGUUACGAGCUCUGUCAAGGACUGCAGCCCUAAAGACCAUGAUGUGUGUCUCAUUCAUUCCUUUGAGCCUUCACUGUGUAUCCAUUUGGGGAGUUGGGGGUCUAGGCACAGACAUUAACACAUACCCACAGAUUAAAGGGUAAGAGGUUUCAGGAGAUUCAGUCUAUGAUUGGCUACUCUAAGGUAGACACAUCAUGUUGGAGGAAAGAUAUUGGUUCUGUCAGCCUGAAAGCAGAACGGGAAGUUCUAGAGAGGAAGGAGCUGGGGACAACCCGUGGUACCCAAGGUCAGACCUCCACGCCCCACCUGACGUACCCAGAAAUGUAGUUUACCAAUCCCCUCGGUGGUUCCCAAGGCAGACAAUUGACAAUCUCAUGUGAAGAUUUGCAUGCAGUAUUGUUAAAAUGGCUUGAUGACCAAUCAGCUUGCCCCUCUGGUAAGUGGCUGUGGUGUGGCAGGCUGUGGCUGCCCGAGGGUGAGAACCACCAGCUUCUCUUGAGAUCCACGCCAUGUUGGAACUUAGGGUGGUGGGAAACCAAGUAGCCCGCUCACCUCCCUGGUAAGCGGCUCUGAGCCUACCUGUGUGCGGGCUGACUCAAACCACCCCCUCCUGCUUAGCAAGUGAGAGCCAGAGAUCUCAGCAUCUCUUGGGAGGUUGACCAUAUGCAAUAUAGCAAAUAAGGGGGAUUUCCUUCUAACAUCUCUUUGAAGGCAAAUAUUUUUAUCACUCUUUUGCUUUGUUCUGAUUAAUGGUAUUGCUCUACUCAAUAUUCUGUUUUGAUAAGUUCUGUAAUGUUCUGUAUUUUGUUUGAUUUUGCUAUAUCUGAUUGAAAGAACAACUAUUAUGAAGAUAAUGAGAUAUACUGUGGUACCUGUUGCUGUUAUCCCGGUAACCUGCUGUGAAGUUCUCUACCAGUUUCACUAGACUGUCUCAGUUGGCUUUGUUCCAUCUUAUUCUGUUGUAUUUUACUACCUUCAAAAUAAUAAAAGUUAUUAAAAUGGCUUGGUCAAUUUAUCUUAUUGUGAGAACUAUACAUAUAUUUUAGUCAAAUACGAACUUUGGUUCUGUUCAGUUAAGAAAGAUAUUCUUCAAAUAAUGCAUAAUCAAAUUAUUUUUAUAACUAAUAGAAAAAAUAGUUGAUAAUGUUAUGGGGAGUAUCUAGAAACAAGUUAUAAAUUGUUUUCCCAAUUAACUUAGACUUUGUAAAAAAUGCAUUCACAUCUUUCCAAAAACCAGGAAAUACUGAAAGCCUCCAUUUGUUAGUAUCCUCUCAAAAUAGGUAACAACUUUUAUAAUUUCUUUUUUAUUCUUGCCGAAGUUGAUGAAGGUAAAAAUCUACAAAUAACUACUUUCUACUUUGAAUUCUAUUCACAUUAAUUCUCACUUGUUCAUCCAAACACCCUGGAUUUUUAUUUCACAUCGGUACAUUUUGAACUUACACGUUCUUUCAUAAAUACUAAAAUUCCAAAUAGUGAUUACAUGGAUGGGUACCGAUGGUUGUUUUUUUUCCUCUUUGGUGGUGGGCAUACUAUGCCAGGUAGGCAAGUGCUCUUCCCCCCGGGUGCCCGCCAGCCCUUCGGGAUUUUCAUACCGAUAACAAAACACACUUUCUGCGAGACAGUUGGAUUGUGUCCCUAUAAUAAGGCAUACUCCUGUGCUGUUGUAGUUCUUAAGCAUGUAUAUCAGAAGGGUCAGGUCCUCACAGUGGGAUUCCUGACAACUGUGAGUGCUGUAGUAAUUUUUCCAAAUUGCACUGCUCACUGGUGGAAGCCUUGGGGUAAAGAGCCAUUACCUGUUACUGUUCUCUCAGUCCUGCUUUGACCUUUAACAGGACAUCUUCAUUUUAUUAUUAUUUUUUGUUGUCACCAAGGGUACUGUAAAAAAAGAAUUUGAGAAGUGAGAAUGACCACCUAGGAGGUGAGUGCUUCUGAAUUGGUGCUGGAGCUAAGCAGAUACCCUGGGUGAGAGAGUCAGAUAUGGGAGGAUAAAUGAAAACCCAGCUGGACUAAAGCCUGGUGUUUGGGGAGUGUGAAGGGAAGCAGACCACUGGGGUCACAGUACGCUCCUCCACCCCAGACCUGCCCCCCUCCAGCGGGGAGAGGGUCGGGCUGAGGGAGGACACAGAAGAAAUAAAAAGUCACUUCUCCCAUGCACCACAGGAGAGCUGCACACCAGACACUCGGCACCCCACCGGUGCCAUCCCGGGGGACCCCUGGCCCCUGCUUGGUGGGCUGCAGAGGACGGGAGAGCUGCGCAGCGCAGAACAGGAGCGGUAAUAGGGAGCAGGGAGGCGGUCAGCCCCUUCUGCAGUCCCAUCCUGCAGUGUUUUAGGUACGUUUCAAUACCUGCGUUAAUUUGUUCCACUUGCAGUCAUCUUUACUUUUAGCUCAUUGAAGAGGAAGUUUAUGUUGGUAUCUUUUUUUGUAGUAAUCUUCUUGGUUUGUGUCUUGUAACUACUUUGAUGAUGAUACACAGUGUAACAAUCAUCGUCCUCUUAGAUUACCUAUGGAAAUUAGGGGUAUUUUCCCACUAAGAGCACUGAUUCUACGACAGACACAGUGUGGAGGGACAAACAGCCGGGGACGUCUGGGAAAGCAGAGAGCAACUUGGCAGAGCUGGAAGGCAGUGGAUGCGGGCCUGCUCCUUCCCGCAUGUUGGGCAGGCUGGGACACCGUGAGGCCAGCCCGCAGCUGUGCACUGGGCAGGGGCCUCAGGGGGCCUGGGUGGUGCUGGGUCUGCAGGCCGGGCUGGCCAGGUGAACAGCUGGGGCAAAGACAGCCGUGCUGGGGUCAGUGGCUUUUUGGCAUCUAUUAGGCAAGGAGGCGGUAGGGGACAUCGUAAUAUCCACACCUCUAAGUGGGCUCCAGCCCUCAGAGCCUCAGAGGCCUGAGGAGGCCGCGCCAGCCCGCAGCCCAUGCAUUUAGUGGGAGCAGGCCCCACACCCCCAUUCAGGCAGGCAGCUGUCCGGCCCACGGUGGACCCUGCUCUGCGUUCACAGCCAGACCAUGAUGCUGAUGCGGGCGGAGCUGCGGGGUAGCUCAGGGUUGAAGCUCUGACAAGGAGUGGGAGUUUCGGGAGUUUUUUGGUCUUUCUUGAGACAGGGUCUUGCUACGCAGUUCAGGCGCCUUGAGCUCCCUUUGUAGCCCAGGCUGACCUCGAACUUGCAAGUCCUCCUGUCUCAGCCUCCUCCCGAGUGCUGGGAUUACAGGCGUGUACCACCUCGCCCGGUUUGAGUGGAGGUUUUUAUUCUUGGUUGUAGUUUUAUUUUGGAUAUAUUUAUGUGUUACUGCUUCUUUGUUGGAAUUGGGUCACUUUGGCUGCUUUUCUUUUUUCCGUUUUUUUCUUCUGAUUUUCACUUCAUUAUUAAUAUUGCUUGGUUAUUACACUUUAAGUUUUUAGGUUUUCCAAAUAAGUACAAUGCUGAGAGCAGUUCCCCAGGACAUCUCAUAUUCAGAAUCCCAGAUGUCCAAUAGGAAGACAGAAGCUUAAAAGCUGUCAGAGAAAAGCAAAAAAUCACUUAUUAAAGUAAAACCAUUAGGAUUCCAGAAGACUGGCAAAACUGUAAAGGCAAGAGUGAAGUGUUUCAAGCACUAAAAAAGCUCCUAACACGGAAUUGUGUAUUGCAGGUGGAUGUUCAGCCAGGAAGUGAAUAAUUAGGCAAUUUUCUGAACCUAGAGUUUCCCAUCCUCCAGAUCUGCCUUCCCUUUCCUGACAUCCCAAGCUGGGAGUCAGAGUGGCGUCCAGCCUCCAAGACAGAGUAACUGAGCGUCCUUCUUUUUUUAAGGCAGCCUUGAAACAUGGGGUGAGAUGUGAUGAGCCACCCUGGCGACCCGGCUUCUGAGCAGGUCCUAACGUGGGCCUGGCCGGGGAAGUCGCCCUGCUCCAGCUUUGUGCACUAGCAGUUCAGAAGUUCACCAUCAGUGUCUGGUUUAUUCUAGGCCUAUGAAGCAGCAAAUGGCAUGCAAAACAAGCUGGACUUCUCUUUCACGUUAUUUUAUUUUAAAUAUUUUUAUUUAUUUUAAAGUAGAUAAAACAAUAAAACCAGUCAAAACAAACCAGUGUAAGAGAUACAGGCCUAAAAACGUUGAAAUCAAUGAAAGUUACUGUAAUGCCUCUUGAUGUCUUCAAAAUAGCUGCAGACAUAGUAAAAAUGAAACAGAACAGAACAGACAUAGUAAAAAUCAAACAGAUCAGAAUAGAAGCAAUAAAAAUAAGACAGUGCAAUAAAGGACUUCACAAUAAGCCAACAGUAAAUCCAAAAUUGCUACCAUAAUAUAUCUUGCUAUCUUUGAAAUAACUUCUCCUACCAUGUGAUUUGACAUAAUCAAACAAAACAAAAGAGAAUAAAACCCAACCCAACAAAACAAUGGAAAUGGUAUAGGAUUUCCAAAACAAGACCAUAGGGAACCAACAAUGGCCACAACCCUCAGGAGGAGAUCCCAACUGGAUGCCACACUGGGUAUCUCUGCUGAGCAUAUGAUCAGACCACUGGCCUUAGACCUGUAAUGGUAGUGAAACUCCAAAGCACCACAGGCAUCCAGCUGCCUUUCACCUCCAUAGCUAUCAUCACAGCCUGUGGUUUUCCGGAUAAAACAGUUGCUUAUGGCUGCCAGGGGUGGGGUGGCUGUUCCUUGUUUGCCGGCCCACACACUGGAAAGGGCUGGGAUCUGGCCAUCCCAGUCCAGUGGGGGUCCACACAUGGUGCUGGCUCCCAGACUGGGUUUGCUCGCCGAUGUGUCCUUUGUUUUUGGUAGCCUCGUCUGGAAAUGGUGCUGAUUCACGGGAGAGGCUAGGGUCUGGCUGUUUCAGUCUGGCAGGGGUCCGUGCAUCUGGACUUCCUGUUUAAAACACUAAUUCUGUCCUAUUGCAACAGCAGCAGAAACACCAAAAGAACACCCAGCAUUUGGAGGCAGAUUUAUUUUAUGUCAGUGGGUGCUGAUCAUAAUCAUUCCAAAAUAUCGGCCUUGCAGGCCCAGGGAGGAGGUGAAAGGGGAAGCACAGAGCAGAGCAGUUCGCUCUUUGACUGAUUCUCACAAUAUGCAUCACAGUGACCAGCGGUUUCUAGGAGACAGAAGUAACAGGAACUGUGACAGGAACUGUUAGCUGGGCAGCUAACAGACUGGCCUUCAGGCAUUUUCUCUUCUCACCACCUGGAAGUGGACUUCAAAACAACAGUUGGACUAAAAAGGGAGGUAUGAAUGAAAGAAUAGCCUUUGAAUGUAAUUACUAUUUUCAUUCACAAUUUUGAAGGAGGAAAUCCAGGCACAGCGUAUGAGUAAGGUACCCUGUGCCCCUUAGAAGGGUGCAAGCAAAUGAAGAAGCAGAUGCCUGAUUUCCUGUGGUGCAAAGUGGGGAAUUUGUCUCUCUUUUCUUGGGGUAUUUCUUUAGAAGUCCAGUAACUUAAAUUUUUUUCCUUGAUCUUUUGAGAGAUAUGGAAAGCUUUCUGAAAGUUGAAUGAUGCUCUUGCAAAUUUAUGCCCCGGAAUUGUUUCUCUGAAGGCCCUAGAGUCCUUCUGAAUCUACAUCACCCCAUGUCCUCCGGUUUCCAUGGGCACGAAGUCUCGGUUUCCUGGGCACCUUGCUCUGAAUGCAAUCCCAUGCCUUGUCAUUAAGAUAAUUCACUGGUAAGUGAACACAAGCGGACAGCCUGUGCUCCAGGUAAGUUUGGGUGAACUAUGUUUGAACUCAUGGUUGGAUUCUCUUACUUGAAUUGAGUUAGAGUUAGUCUCGGGAAACUGUAUAUGCCAGCUUGUAUUUCUUAGGAUAUAAAGGUUGAUUUUUUUUCUUGCAGUAUCUUUUUUUUUAUUUAUUGGUACUGGGGAUCGAACUCAUGACCACGUGGUUGCAAGGCAUGCGCUUAUGCUGCUGAGCUACCAGCCCCUUCUUGCAGUAUCUUUAAUGAAUGUCUUUUGUCACAGAUAUUCUGGUUUAAUGUUUUUCAGUAAGAAUAUUGCUUUUUUCUCCUUUACUUCUCCGGAGAGAUUCUAUAGGUGGGCAUACAAUACUGUUUUUAAUUAUCUUUCUUCCACACAGGCAUUAGCUGAAUGGAGAACAGAACGCAGAGGAUCGACCCUUGAGAUGAGCUGCCGAGUCUUCUUUGGCCUGUGGUUUAUCCAGGUGUCCUGUGGGUACAGCUCUCAGACUGCUUUGCUUUUUUGGAGCAGUGAUUUCCUCAGUCCCUGUUUGACUCACAUCUCUACAGCCUCUGUGUCCUCUCAUUGCCUCUCGCUGCAUCCCUAGGGAUGUGAUUUGCACACUUCUAUGGGCUGUAAUUUCCACAUUGCACAACUGUGGGCCUUCUGCAUUGCACAACUGUGUUUCUUGGUUGGGUCGCAAUGGUUGUGAGCCAUUUGCUAUAGACUUUUCUUAGAGUUUUAAUGAGGGAAUGAGGUUGAUUGUCAAGAAAUGCUAGGUAGUGUCCUUAGGGGAGGUAAAAAUAUCUUCUGUAACCAUAAGGAAAAACAGGCCACAGUGGCUUGUGCAGAUGACUGCAGGCGUUUCUUGGCACUGGCACUGUAGGAGUCGGUGCUUCUGACCACUCCCAGGCUCAGGUCCUUGCCCUCAUAGCUGUGUGGGAUUCUCUGUCACGCUGACUAACCUGAGAGUGCCUCACAGAUGCUCUGUGAAACGGGCCAUCUUCUGACUCAGGUCCACUGUCCAUGCCAGAGCCCUUCUCUCUGAGAAGGAUGUACAGUUAAGCCUGCGCCGAGAACCACACUAUUUCUUGUUUCCUUGUUGCAAGUUUAAAACAAGCAACAAUCAGUAUUAAACAACAGGCAUUUUGCUGGUAAUUUGACAGAUAAUUUGAGAAUGAUAGUGAAGGUUGCAGAAAGCCCUUUUCUCUCCCUCUCCCCUAGGCAGGGCUCUUGGGCAGGAAGGGCCGGUAGGGCCCUCUGAAUUCCCCAAGAGCUGGUCAGGCCCACACAGCUGCUCUUCUCCACUUGCAGGCUCAGCUGGUGGGUGAGUUCAGGGGAGUGCAGCUCUGCGACCUCCUCUUCACUGGCCUCCAUCCAGCUUUACUCCUUAGUGACUGAGUCCAUGAGUCCAGUGGCUCUUCCCGACUCCGUCGUGUCCACAGAAGCAGUCGUCUCUUCCUUGGAUGAAGCACGAUGGUCCAUUAUCAGUACGAGUACCUGAGCAGACGGGAAGCUGGUUGAAUCUCCUGCUGUGAAACUGCUGAGGUGGUUUUGUGUCCUGAUGGUUAGGGAGCUGUAUCUGAUGAUAAAUCAAGGAAAAGGUGUUGUUUGCUGAGAAUUCACAGAGAGCCCAGACAGUUCACUACCUUUCUCCGUCACAUGGACUGCGCCUCCUUAGAGAACAACUUUCUUUCUGGGAUUGGUCCUCGGACUGUGCAAGGAGAUCGGGACUAAGUUACAAGUUAAAAAGUGACUCUGGAAGAUGAAGUCCCUGUGAGAUGUGUGAUAGCCUGGAUCCUGGAAUAAAACCCAAGGAAGCAAGGCAUUAAAAUUUGGGGAGCAAAGGCUUUAUUUUAGGCCAGGCCUGGUGACACAAUUCCCGGGAGCCAAUUUGGAGGCUGCACGCCCCAGAGACUGAAGAAAGGGAUUUUAAAAGCAGGAGAGGGAGAAAACAAACAAACAAACAAACAAAAAACCCUCAGAGCUGUUAAGCUGUUGUCUCAAGUCUGGAAACUAAAGCUAUCCACUUAGUUCUGAUAACAUCGGGAGCCUUUGUUGCCUUUCAAGUUACUCCCAUCCUGCAGAUAAGCAUUAUCUCGGAAUAGCACAUCUGCAACAACAUUCGGAGAAGAAAGUAGAAAGUUAAUUAUUUUGGGACAGCUUGUUAGCACUAACAUGUGAGAAGGGGUCGAAAGUUACAAGAAGCUGAAACUUAAGUUUUUACAAGGAUUUGGAACUUAACCCUUUCUGCGCAUACAGAACAAGAGGAGGCGCAUUACAGAACAGAAAUACGGUGAGAUUACUUUUUUUGGGGGGAGGGAAGAACAAGAUCAGGUAAGGGUUGUGCUAACAAGCAGGUCUUCCUGCAUACAAGCAAGUUACCCUUCAAACAAGUUUAAAUUAGGAAAACAUCCUGGUUUCCUCAGCAGAGAAUAGAGAAGUCAAACAGUAAUUAACAACCCUUGUUAUCUUAUUUUGGCACCACAUCUGUUAUUUGUAGAGGGCAACAAUGGUUAACAUAUCAAUUAGGUAAGAUUUUGCAAUUCUUUACAGAGGAGAGCAUCGAUUAACGUAUCAAUUAGGUCACAGAGGGGGAAGGAAAACAUAUAUAAGGUAUGACCAUGUUACAGGUAAUUUGCUAUAAAACAAAUAUAACAAAGUUAUUUUUCUUAGAAUACAACAAGAUGGAGUCUGUGAUACGGGCUGUCUGUAUCCCCACCAUCCACAUAGAAAUGCUUGCUGGUGAGAUCAUUACACCUGAGGGUCAGGAGUUUUUCAUCUAAUUAAUCCAUUUAAUCUAUACUUUGAAAUUUAUUCUGAAAAAGGUGUACCUGUAUUCCCUUUCAGUACUGGGAUGUUACAAGCAUUUUUUAAAAUUUUGUUUUAUUUUAAGGGUAAUAAAGUCCAGUAAAACAAAACAGAAUCAAACCAAUCAAAACAGAACAUUGUAUAAACAAAACAAUAAAUCAGAACAAAACAAAACAGCAAGAACCAUAUUGGAUUUCAAGAACAGGAUCAAAGGAAAUCCCCCAUAUUUGCUGUAUUGCAUACUGUUAUUCUCCCCAAAGAUGCUCAGACCGCCAUCCCCAGGCCUGCAAAGUCAACCGAACAGUACAAGCAUUCACUUGCUUUAUGCCUCAGUCACUGUCAGCUCAGCCUGCCCUCUGAGAGAGCCAGCUGCCUGCACGGUGGGGAGCUGGUUUUGUUUCCAGCCCGCCCUGGUAGCUGUGCAGGGGCACCUUCUGGCUUCUCUCUUCCUGGGUCCCACAUGGCCUGCUUGUGCAGCUUAUUGGAAGAUCUAAUUGUGAUUUGCUGAUGUACUCUACACUUUUAAUUUAAAAUUCUUUAGUUUCCCUCAGUUAUUCUUUAAAAUUUUUUUUUAAUCUGAAAAUCUAUUCAGUAAAAAAAUGUGUUCCCUACUUUUGCUAUUUGCAAUUCAGGUCAUACAAUACCACCUGCGUGUUUUCUCUUUUAGAAAUGUCAUUCAUUUUUCCUUCAUCCAAACUGUAUAUGCAGACGUGUUCCUGUGUCUGCAUUUGCUGCUUAGGGAAAACAAGCACAGGCUCAUUAAGCACAUCUCACCCUUCUGCAAGCUGUGCAGCCCGUCAUGCUGGAUGCAGCCCAGCUCAUUCACCCAGGUUUCAGUGCAGUAGGCAUCUCCCUUGUAUGUGGUCACUGAAAUCACAGGCAAGAUGGAGAUGCACAUUUUGAAUGGUAAGCACUUUUCUCUGUAGAUGUGACUGCAACAAUAGGAUUGAUUUCUUUUUUUUUUUUUUUUUUUAAUUUUAUGGGGGCUGGGGAUUUAGCUCAGUGGCAUAAGCACCUGCUUUGCGAGCAGAUGGUCGUGAGUUCGAUCCUCGGUACUGAUAAAUAAAUAAAUAAAAAUAAAAAUAAAAUAAAGGCUUAAAAUAAAAAGAACUAUAAAUAUCUUUAAAAAAUUUUUAUUUAAAGAAAAAAAACCCAAAAUAGUAAAAGGGUACAAGUAAUACAGAAUUUAAAAAAAAAAAAAAUAAAUAAAUAAGCAGUAAGAAAUCACUAGUUAAUAGAUUACAUAUUGUCAUCUUAGAAAUAGUUGUUCAAGUUACAAACUUAAAGCCUGCAAAGUGGACAUUCAAACAGUGAGACUCCAAACAGUUGUGUUCAAUGAUCCAUCAAAAACUUAGUAAUAUGGUCAUCUAUCUUGCACACCUAAACACACUUGCAGUUGUGUCCUUUAGAGCACUUUCUUUUCCUCUCUUUUUUACAAUAACAUUUACACAUUUUGGGUUUUAUUACUCCCACAGUUCUUAUUACUUUUUAGGAUUGGUUUCUAAAAAACAAAACAAAAUGAAAUGAAACAAAACAAAGCACCACAGUGUAUGUGUGUGACUAACUUUAUUGCCUGAUUGUUAAUCACAUAAUGAACUAGGGGCCAGGCCUUCACCACAUGCCCAAGCCCUUGGUCCCUCAGCUUGAUCCAUGGUACGCUGUCAAACAUGGAAUUUUAUCCAGGAUUUCACUAAAGGACCACUUCAAAUCAGGUCUAUUGAAUAUUUCUCAAAUAUAAAGAGUUUGGACACAAACACCCGUACUUAGAGGUGGUAAAAUGUGUCAGUGUCUCCUUCACUAUGACUUGAAGUCUUCCUUCUGCAGGCCCUGCCUCUCCAGGCCCCGACACCCAGGUCCCCCCCAGAGAGGAGCCCAGCCCCCCACAGCUUGCUGACUAACUACUGUCUACUUUGUUUUUCUAAUUUAGAGAAGCCAGAUUGUGUUGAGGCAGGAAACAUCUGUCAAGUCCCACCUGUCAAGUACAAGUGACAAUAAUGGAUCACUGUACCAAUAAAAAAGUGUGCAAAUAUUAAUCUGAAAGUCCUGACACAGAUUUGCUUUUCUGGCAUGUGUUUCUUCCUCCUGCUGGUUUUUCUCUCUAGUCAGAAUGGACACAGAUCGGUAGUUGCACAAACGGGAAGAUAAAUGACACAUGACAGCAGUGGGAGAAAGGAAACCUUGAAGAUGAGUGUUUUGCAAAUCUUCCAGGAGCUCAUGAUGCAGAUUAAGGCUGUCCUAUAGUAGGCGUAUUUUUAUAAAAACAAAAAGAAAAGUGAAAUCUGAGUAACUCACUUUUGACAGCCGUACACCUUUAUACCCGUGGAUUACUAUAGAACGUCCUAUACUCUGAACCACCCUGCUGUAUUCCUGCUGAAGCCCAGCUUCCCACAAACUCGCCCAGCUGGUUAUUAAAUGCAUCAGGGAAGUAAGCUUUCACAGAGGUCACCGGACUCCUUUGAUGGCUGAACAACUCUGGGAACUCUUUGAUCAGCUGAGCCUGUACUGCGAGGUGGUUCCCGAUACUUCUCUGUGAUUUUCCUUCCUCUGCCCCUCAGGAUUACACUUGCUUGCAUGGUGGCCUGAUGAGUCAGUGUCCUUUGCUGUUACAGCACUUUGUCUGAUAGCACUAAAGUUUGCUUAGUGAUUGCUUCCAAAGUGCAGGGAGUAAUUCUGUGCCUCAGGAGUUGUCCCUGCUCUGACUGACAGCUUGGAACUGUGCAGAGAUGUCUCCAGAAGUUGUAAACUCUAAACAGGGAAACUUUGCUGAUUGCUCAUUCUUGUUUUCUUCUAUUAAAGCAGUUAAGCCCAAGACAACUUCUGAGCCAAACAAAUGCAGUAAUUGUGGAAGGAGAGGGAAAGUUGUACCUCAGGGAAAUGAGGUUCAGCAGAGGGUUUCCUUCUCCCCGACAGAGCACAACUCUGACAUUUGUCAGUUGCUGGCAGCCCAGAGCUCUGCAAUCCUAAAGGUACAAAUAUGACUUGGGGAGCUGCACCUUGCCAGGUGGACCAGCUCAGAGCUCAGGUGACCCCAGCUGCCAGGAGAGUAGGCCUGAGCCCUCCUCCUUUACUCACCUGUGCCAGGUACAUUCCCCUCGGAAGAUGAAAUCUUAACCUCUUUUUCAUGAAGCAAGGGAGCUGGUGAAAGGUCUCAGAGUCAGGACAUUAACUCUUUUUUUGAUUUUUAGUAGGCCAAAAGUUUUAGGCGCUGGGUUCAGGGAGCUGUGACUCAAGAAAAGCUGGAGCAGCAAGGCUCACCAGAGUGUCUGGGUGGCCUUGGGGUGGCCCUCACCUCGCAUUCUUCCAGAAGUUAGGAUCAGUGAGGGACUUUUUAUAUUGCUGAGGAAGCCUCUGUUUUCUUCAGCCUUCGAUUUUAAGAGUAUUCUAACUUGUCAGUAUCACUAGCUGUCAUAAAAUUUGUUUCCCUCAUUUUAGAUGCAUUGGUGUAAUUCUAAAGUAGACAGGCUUUCUCUUUUUUAUUACACUGAUAACUCUUUACAAACAUUUGUGUUUAAUAUGAAGGUUUUUUUGGACACAUUUUCUUAAAAUUUAUGUAUACUAACACUUAUUAUGUGACUGUUUGAUGUGGUUUUAUUAAAGGUUUUAACCUUUAUUAAAGGUAAAAAUUAUAGUUAUUCCUUGAGAAUUCCUAUGAAUUUAGUAGGUUGUGACUCAGUACAAACUAGGGUAACUCAUUUUAAUUUUCUGCAGUGUUUGGCAGUCAUAGCAAUAGUCUCAUUGUUUGUGUUGAGAAAUCUGAGCUCAGAGUGGGUGCCCUUCCCUGCCUACGCUCUGGGCUUUCAAUCCAGACAGGGUACUGAGCAUCAACCUGAAUGGAAAGUCUGUUAUUAUCAUCCUUUGUGGUACUGGUUCACAAGUCACCUAGAGAGAGGCUCCUCUGACAUUUUUCAAUUUGUUUUCUCAGGAACACAAUAAGUGAGUGCUGAGGUGUCUCAGGGAUAGAUCCCAAAUUUGAUUCAGAGUUUUGUAAUUUGGAAAGGCAAAGACAGGACUGGAAAUAAGUGGAAAUUCCUUGGACUAAGGAAAAAAAAAGACCAAGGAAAUUAUUUGAUGAGCCCAGAAGAGAACUGGUGAGUAUAUCAUGGCUUUGAGGCAUUUUGAAUAUAAUCAUUUUAGCAGGCUCGAGUCUCUAACUAAAUAUUCAAUCAGUUUGUAUUUGACGCUCAUUAAUUAAUACUCCUCUGCUUGUUAAGAAAACUUGUAGCACAGCUCAUUGUGCUAGACAUUCAGGGUUGUGUAUCUUUCCUUAAUACACUGAUGCAGGCAAUUGUGUAUUAGGAAAAGGAUGCUUGAAAGCACAUAACCAGUACCCACAGAGUCACAAUGCUCUUUGUUGCCAAACCUUAGUACAAACUGUGUUUACACAGUUCAUGCUGACAUGGACCUGCAGGACAGUGAAUUCAAAGGGAAUUCCUUAAUACUCGGUAGAAAACCAGAGAGGGCUGCUUGCCUGAAUGUAUUCCAGAUUCGUUAUGUAGCCCACAAAGAAACCCAGGAAUUAGAUCAGAGAUUCUGGGUUCUUUCAUUUUAGAGAAGCUUUCCCUAGUUUGACACAAACUGCUUCUGUGAGAAAUGAGAUUGGAACAUUUAUAUGUAAAAGACUCCAAUGCCACCCAAGCCUAAGGCGUGAAAACUUUUGAAUGAUAAAGACUAAUGCAGCACAUUGUUAUCUGGUGGGAAAAAGCACCCAGUUCAUGCCUCCUGCAAAUCAUUGUUUCUCCCAAGGUCUUGCAGUAGCUGGGAAAUUCUAUUGCAACUCUGUCUUUGAGUAUUGUUUCCAGAGCUACGACUCCCCAAAAUAUUGUGCUGCAUUCAGCCAUUAUUGAGGAGCCUAAUUCAUAAGCUGCUCUCGUCGCAUGGCACGGGUGAUGCCCGAUUAUUCCCCAUCUUCUAGUCUACCUUAGUAAACAUCAACACAUCCAGAAUGGAUCUGGGCUUCACACAGAGGUCCUUGAGGUCACUCACGGGGAACUCAGAACUCUCCUCACUCUUUCUUGGAUGAUAGUUCAAGGGCUCCUGUAUGGUACUGCCCACCCGCUACAGGAAUUUCGGGUGAGGGAGGGGUGGCAUACAUGCUGAUAUUUAACACUGGUGAGAUAUAUAGUGCUUUUCACAAGUACAUUGGUUUUGCUGGUAACUAAAAAAUAAUGUCUCCAUUGAAAUUUAGACAUUUGAAUACUGAUCCUUAAGAUGAAUUUGAGAGUACAUAGAAUCAACCACAGAGAAUGCCAUAUAAAAGGAAAUCAUGUCCCAAAGAUGUGUAUCAUUACAGACAUUGUGACUGUCCUUUGUACUUCAGAAAACUGCUAGAGAAAGAAGCAGUUUUUGCAGAUAUAGAUAAGCAUUACUGAUGCUUUAUUGGCCCCAGGCUGUCCUGUAUAUGAGUAAGAAAUGGCUUUAAACCUUGUCAAGGGAAUCAUCUUCCUCUCUCCAACUGUGCUUGGCAUUCUGGGGAAUGUUACUGUGUUUGUGAAUUAUGUUCUCCUCCUUGGAGGCACCGAGAUGAAAUCUGUACAACUUAUUCUCAUUCACUUGGCUUUUACAAAUAUCAUCAUACUUUUUGCAAAAGGGAUUCCUAAGACAGUAUCAGCUUUUGGGCAGGGACUCUUCCUCCAUGACACAGGCUGCAAGAUUGUUGUUUAUGUGGAGCGGGUGGCCCGGGGCCUCUCCAUCUGCACCAGCAGCCUCCUCACAGUGACACAAGCCGGCACCAUGAGUCCCACAGACUCCGUGUGGAGGAGGCUCAAGCUGAAGUCACCAAGGCACAUGCUUUCCAUAUUCAUCUUGUUUUGGAUUCUCAAUUCCUUAAUAAGCAUGAACUUACCACUUUCUAUCAUAAGUAUCAACAGUGUGAACAUAUCACAAAUUACUAAAGGUGACAAGUAUUGCUAUUUUCUACCUGAAGGAUGGAUAAUAAGAUGGACAUUUCUCCUUCUGAUGGUUCUACGGGAUGCUGUGUUUCUGGGCAUCAUGGGUGGGUCCAGUGGCUACCUGGUGUUUCUUCUCUGCAGGCAUCACCAGCGUGUUCUCCACCUGCAGAGCUCCAAGUUCCUCUACAAAACUCCCCCUGAGAUCAGAGCUGCUCAAAGCGUUCUCUUUCUGAUGCUCUGUUUUCUUGUCUUUUAUUGGGCAGAUUGUGCUUUUUCCAUGUUGUUUAGCUCCUCUCUCAAUAUUGAUUCUGUGGUGUUAAAUAUUCAAGAAUAUGUAAGUCUUGGUUAUGCCAUGCUGAGCCCAUUCGUGCUGAUUCACAGAGAUGAACAGCUGGGUACAUGUUGUCACAGUCAAGAGGACAGCAAAACCCACAGGAACUGUUUUACUGAUUUUUUCUGUAACUAAAUUUGAAAUGAAUCUUAGUUCUGCAAUCCCAUGUAUAAAGCAGAAUAGAGUCAAAGUAGCUGAGGUGCAUAGGGAUUUGUGGUCAGACUAUCAGCCUGCUGACUGCAACCCUUAGCUGACACAAUGCACCGAAGACUUGAAUGACACAGAACUCUGUCCUUCUGCUGUGCCCCUCCCCAAAUGGCAUCAAAUGUGUGAGCAUGAGCCUGGUGUUUCACUGCCAAAGUUCUUGUGGGGAUCAAGACCACAGUUUGGUAAAUUUUAUCCAAAACAUUAGUGCAUCCACAUUUUUGCCCAGGAUUUCCACUUGUAGGUCAGUUUUAUAGAGAUGCUUAUUCUUUAUAUUCAGAAAAGUAUGGGACAUUCUUCACUGUUCAUUAGUUCAUAAGCACAAUAGUGGCAAAAGAGCUUUUUGAAAUCAUAAAGAGAGACAUAUCAGUUGUCACUUUCAGGCGGAGUAGGCCUGUGAAUGAGUAAUAGAUUCAAAAUGCCAUAAGCACAUUACACUUCAUGUUAAUAUGAAAUGACCAGAGGAGUGAAGUCAAAGUAUAAGUUCUGGUCAAAUGAUUGUAUCAUAUAGUAAGUACUGUUUUGUGACUCUCCAAUUUUACUGAGCUUUAUAAAUGGAAUGUUAUGCCAUUGAUGAUGUAUAAAUAAAUUAUAUCUG